AUGCAAAUCAAACCGUUCCUGGCGUCGGCUCUUAUAGCCUUUUCAUUAGGCGCGGAUACCGUUGCCGCAUCCAAACAUGGCCGGUUCGCAGAGCUGUCUCGCAUCCCAAUGGAAAAGGCCAAGAGAGCUGUUCAAGUAAGCAUGGAGCGUGUGACGCGAGCCACUACCAACUUCCGCUUUCUGAACAGCAAGUCCAAGGCCUACAAGGUUGACUCCUUGCCCGAGAUUAACUUUGACCUUGGUGAGAUGUACUCGGGUUUGGUGCCAAUUGAGAAGGAUGAUCCCUCACGCGCACUGUUCUUCGUUUUCCAACCCACUAUCGGCAAACCUGUUGAUGAGAUCACGAUCUGGCUCAAUGGCGGUCCUGGCUGCAGUUCCAUGGAAGGCUUUUUGCAGGAGAAUGGUCGUUUCAUCUGGCCGCCCGGUACCUAUGCCCCAGUGGAAAACGAGUACUCCUGGGUGAACCUGACCAAUAUGUUGUGGGUUGACCAACCAGUCGGAACUGGUUUCUCUAUUGGCACACCGACUGCCAAGUCAGAAGAGGAGAUUGCCCAGGACUUUGUCAAAUUCUUCAAGAACUGGCAAGAGAUCUUUGGAAUUAAGAACUAUAAGAUUUAUGUCACCGGGGAGAGCUAUGCUGGGCGAUAUGUGCCCUACAUUUCGGCCGCUAUCCUGGACGAGCAGAAUAAGGAACACUUUGACCUGCACGGUGCAUUGGCAUAUGACCCCUGCAUUGGUCAAUUUGACUGGGUUCAACAGGAAGCUCCGGUCGUGCCCCUCGUGCAACAAAACGCAAACCUAUUCGGCUUUAACGAAUCCUUCAUGGCCGAGCUUGACAGGCUGCACAAGAAGUGUGGAUAUGCGGAGUUCAUCGACCACUACUUGACCUUUCCUCCACCCGAGCACCAGCCGGUCAAAAUAUUCAACUACACCACCGAUUCCGAUUGCGAUCUCUUCGACCUAGUCUACGAAGAAGCUUUCAGUAUUAACCCAUGCUUCGACCUGUAUGAGAUCCCAACCAUGUGCCCCCUCCUGUGGGACGUGUUAGCCUUCCCCGGCUCCCUGGGAUACCUCCCCGAAGGAGCAGAGAUAUACUUCGACCGCAACGAUGUCAAGGAAGCCCUACACGCCCCCAACAUUACCUGGUCAGAGUGCUCCGAUGAAUCUGUCUUCACUGGGGGUAGCGCCGGCCCUGAGCAGGAGGGAGAUAUCUCCGCGAACCCGAUCGAGAAGGUCUUGCCGCAGGUUAUUGAGGCGACUAAUCGCGUCCUCAUCGCCAACGGUGACUUCGACAUGGUUAUCAUCACCAACGGCACUCUCCUCGCUAUUCAGAACAUGACCUGGAACGGCCACCUCGGAUUCCAGAAGAAGCCCGAGACCCCGGUCAACAUUGGACUCACUGAUCUACAGUAUGCCAGUGUUUUCGCAGAGAACGGUUUGACCGGUCUUGAUGGUGCCCAGGGUAUCAUGGGUAUUCAGCACUAUGAGCGUGGAUUGAUGUGGGUCGAGACCUAUCAGUCUGGACAUAUGGAACCUCAGUACCAGCCGCGUUCAUCUUACCGUCACCUCCAGUGGCUGCUUAAACGUACCGAGGAGAUCUAG